AUGGCUUCGGAUCCGAAGCGAGAAAAGAUCGGCGAUCAGUCAUCGUCAGACCAUGCCGAAACCGAUUACGCUCAUAUAGACCACCCAGGACGACAGUCCGAGGCCACGGCGGUUGACGAGGAAGAGAGAAAGCGCCUGGAGGCUUCUCGGAAGCUGGAGAACCCUCUUGCUGGCUUCACGCCUGAACAGUUGAGUCAAAAAGGCGAGGACUACUGUCAACAGCAUGGCAUCACCGAUGAAGAAGACAUUCGGGCUUUUCGCCUGGGCGCCAUGAUCGCUGGAAAUAUGAACAAGUACGAUAGCAUGACUGAGAUCUCUGCCGAUGAACGAGCAGUGCUUGACGGCGAGUCCACUCACAAGUGGCGGAACCCCAAGAUGCUCUAUGAGGUUGACCCUCCCCAAGUCUGUUCAUUCUGCGCUGUCGUUCAGGGUAUGGACGAGACUGUUGUCAGUGGUGCUCAGUCCUUCUACAAGAAGCAGUUCGGCAUCGGAGGAGAGACUGAGCGAGACACCUGGCUCCUUGGCCUGACAAACUCUGCUCCAUAUCUCUGCUGCGCCGUCAUCGGUUGCUGGCUGACAGAGCCCAUGAACAAACGGUUCGGUCGCCGGGGCACCGUCUUCAUCUCCUGUCUCAUCUCUGCCUUGGCCUGUUUUUGGCAGGCUUUCACUAACACUUGGUGGCAUAUGUUCAUCGCCCGUUUCUUCCUCGGUUUUGGUAUCGGCCCCAAGUCUGCCACAACUCCCAUCUUUGCUGCCGAAUGUGGGCCUCCUCGCCUGCGUGGCGCCCUCGUUAUGCAGUGGCAACUGUGGACAGCCUUUGGCAUCAUGAUGGGUUACGUUGCCGACUUGGCAUUCUACUACGUGCCUGACAAGAGCGGUAUCGUCGGUCUCAACUGGAGACUGAUGAUGAGUAGCGCUAUGCUGCCUGCUCUUCUUGUCUGUGCAUGCUGCUACAUGUGUCCUGAGUCCCCUAGAUGGUACCUGACCAAGAAUCGCCACUCGGACGCCUACAAGCCCAUGUGCCAGUUACGCUUCAAGAAGGUACAGGCUGCUCGCGACCUCUUCUACGCCAAUGCCCUCCUACAGGCUGAGAAGGAGACGCAAGGCAUCGGUAAACAGAACCGACUUAAAGAGUUCUUCACCGUUAGAAGGAACAGAAACGCCAUGAUUGCGUCAGAAAUUGCCAUGGCUUAUUAUAGCUCCGAGAUCUUCCUGGCGGCUGAAUUCAGCGAAGUAAGUGCCUUGUCGGCGUCCCUUGGUUUUGGCAUCAUCAACUGGCUCUUCGCUCUACCGGCUUUCUAUACGAUUGAUACUUUCGGGCGGCGCAACUUACUCCCGACAACAUUUCCACUGAUGGCCGUCUGUCCAUUUUUUACUGGCUUCUCGUUUUAUAUACCUACAAACCCCGCCAAGAUUGCCUGUAUUGCCCUGGGCAUCUAUCUCUUUGGCAUGGUCUAUUCCCCUGGCGAGGGGCCAGUGCCUUUCACCUACUCAGCCGAGGCCUACCCCUUGUACAUCCGCCCCAUCGGCAUGUCUCUGGCGACGGCGACAACGUGGUUCUUUAACUUUAUUCUGGCCGUAACCUGGCCCUCUCUCCAGAAGGCCUUUACACCUACGGGCGCUUUUGGGUGGUAUGGCGGCUGGAACAUUAUCGGAUUCUUUCUCGUUCUCUUCCUGCUUCCCGAGACCAAGGAGAAGACACUCGAAGAGCUGGACGGUGUGUUCAGCGUACCUUUGCGUACCUUUGCGCGAUAUGGGCUCGCGCAAUUCUUCUACUUUUGGAAGAGGUACGUCUUCAGGCAGGAUGUUAGCCCGCCUGCUGUGCCCCAUGCUGGAAGCAUUGAUUAUCAUCGGGAUUCGUUUGCGCAGGAGAAGCAGCAUGACCCGAUUGCCCGUGUUUGA